AAUACUAAAACGUGUACUUUCACCUAAAAACACCCCCAUUAGCUUUAUGGUUGAGUCCGUCUUCAGAAUUCCUAAGGGCUCUCUUCAGAUCUCGCUGCUUUUACAACUUCUAGUUUUAGCCGUCAAAAUUAAUACAAGUAAAGAAGACCUCAACAGCGACAUGGCAGCCGCCGUGGCCCCACGAACACCUCGGAAGGAUGAUGUCAACUAUAAGUUACAUUUCCGAAUGAUAAACGAGCAACAAGUGGAUGAUAUCUGCCUUGAUUUCUUCUAUAAGCCACACACCAUCACUCUCCUGACAGUCACUGUGCUCAGCCUCAUGUACUUUGCGUUUACAAGGGAUGAUGAGCACUUUGACAACAACCUCCGAGUUGGUCUAUGGGUGGUUGUCUCCUUCUUCCUGGUUAUCAGUGUCCUGGCCUUUCCUAAUGGACCUUUUACCAGGCCACACCCUGCAAUAUGGCGAAUAGUGUUUGGCCUCAGUGUACUAUACUUCCUGUUUCUUGUCUUCCUCAUCUUCCUUAACUGGGACCAAAUAAAGAUACUGAUGUACUGGCUGGACCCAAAUCUGCGCUAUGCCAAACGGGAAGCCGAUAUCAUGGAAUAUGCUGUGAACUGCACAGUGAUAACACAGGAGCGGAUCCUGAGCCACUUCGACAUCUUCGCAUUCGGCCACUUUGCAGGCUGGGCCAUGAAGGCUCUGCUAAUCCGCAGCUAUGGCCUCUGUUGGACCAUCAGCAUCACCUGGGAGCUCACUGAGCUGUUCUUCAUGCACCUGCUGCCAAACUUUGCAGAGUGCUGGUGGGAUCAGGUGAUACUGGACAUACUGUUGUGUAAUGGAGGAGGCAUCUGGCUGGGUAUGACCGCCUGCCAGUUUCUGGAGAUGAGGACCUACCGCUGGGCUAGCAUCAAGGAAAUCCACACCACCACAGGGAAGAUAAAACGAGCCGUGCUCCAGUUCACCCCGGCCAGCUGGACUUAUGUGCGCUGGUUUGACCCAAAGUCCUCCUUCCAGAGGCUAGCAGGCAUCUAUCUGUUUAUGAUACUAUGGCAGCUUACAGAGUUAAACACAUUCUUCCUCAAGCACAUAUUCGUCUUCCAGGUGUCUCACCCUCUCAGCUGGUGUCGCAUUCUCUUCGUUGGAGCCAUCACUGCACCCACCGUACGGCAAUAUUAUGCAUACCUGACAGACACUCGGUGUAAACGAGUUGGCACACAGUGCUGGGUGUUUGGGGCCAUCGCUUUCCUCGAGGCUCUUGUUUGUGUGAAAUUUGGUCACGACUUGUUUUCCAAGACACAAAUUCGCUCUGUGCUCCUUUGGCUGCUGUGUCUGGUAAGAAAAAAACUUUAGUAAGUUCAGAACAGAUGCAUCAGUAUUAUGCAACUAUACUUCUUGCGCAAAUAUAAUAACACUGUGAUGUCCUAAUGUACCUUUUCAAAAAGGGACACCAAUCACUGUUAAUGUACUACUGAGAAAUAAGUGGAUAUCAUGCCUUACCUCUGCUAGUUGUUUCUGAUAACAGUUGAUAGUAGUCACUAUGAAGUGUGUCAGGGACCUGAAGCGUGUUUUAAAGCUGACCCAGCUGCACGUUUCUUUCUAAUGUUGUUUAUGAUUUUAUCCCAAUGGUAUUCACUGUAACCCAUUUGGCACAUUCAAACGGCCUAAAAACUCUGCAGUCUUAGCUAUAUUCAUUCUU